GAAGCGUUGCCGGGCACCGACCUGCCCGCUCCGCGGACAGGCCGGGGGGUGUCGGUGCGGCCGGUAGGGCUGCGUCGGGCCCUCAGGGGCCUUGACCUGGGCUUCCCCGCGAGGGAGUGGGAGCUGUGGGGAGUCUGUGUGAGAGCCCCUUGUCGCUUUGUUUCGUCUUGCGCUCCGGGAGAGCCGGCCCUUCCCCGACGGCGGCAGCAACCUCGCCUUUGAAACCCGACUUACUUCUCUUCGGUGACUUCCAGCAACCAGACUGCAGGCCACGCUUCUCCUCCUUUGAAAGACGUCUUCUAAAGGAAAUAAUGUUCUAAGAAUGUCAUCUGGCAUCCAAAUAAAACCAAAGACUACAAUACAGAAGAGCAAGACAUCUUCUCCUUCGCCAUGUUCUCCAGAACCUGCAAUUAAACCACAGCCAAGGCCUAGUGACAAGCUGAAUCCUAAAACUAUUGAUCCGUUUGGUGCUCAUUCUCGACCACCUUCUGCAUUUGCUGCUAUAUACGCUAAAGGGGGCAUUCCGUGCAGGUUAAUGCAUGGCUCAGUGAAACACAGACUGCAGUGGGAAUGCCUUCCUGAAACUAUUCCCUUUGAUCCUCUUCUUGUGACGCUGGCAGAGGGUCUAAGAGAGACAAAACAUCCCUAUACAUUUGUUUCAAAGGAGGGUUUUAAAGAAUUACUUCUGGUCGAAGGUGCUGCUGAAAAAGCCAUUCCCUUGUUGCCUCGUCUAAUUCCAGUGUUAAAGGCUGCAUUGGCCCAUUCAAAUGAUGAAGUAUUCUUAAGGGGAUUGGAUGCUUUAGUUCAACUGAGUGCUGUUGUUGGCCCAUCUCUUAAUGAUUAUCUUAAGCAUCUACUCACAAAUCUUUCAAGGAGAUUAAUGGACAAGAAAUUUAGAGAAAAAAUUACUAUUGCUUUACAGAAGUUGGAGCAAUAUGGUGGAAAGGCAUCUGUGGCUAUCAUCAAAUCUAAAAUUCCAACCUAUUGUUCUAUCUCCUCUUGAUCAAUAAAACUAUAGUCAUUUGUACUGUAAGGUGAAGUUUGGAAAGAAACUGCCCGUGACCAUCACUGACAGUUUGGUGAAUGCCUUCUGAGAGGCACAGCCUGCUCCAGGAGUAAUACACUGCGAAGAGAAGACUUCUCCAGAGUCUGCCCUGUUGAUGUGAGGUACAAACUGCUGAGGUUUUGGGAAGUCAGCUUUCCUCAGUGUCUUCUCCCUCCCUCAAAACCACAAAUUACUGUAGGCUGAGGCUGCACACCAUGGCAGGAUGGGGAGAGGAAAGGGAUAGCUUCUGAUGGUCACUUCUCAGUGCUCUUCACUGAGAUGGCUGAAAUGGCUUUAUUGGGAAUGACAAAAAUGCCAUUAAUAGUGCACAGCAACACCUGUUACUGUACUAAUUACGUUUGCCAAGUACUCACCUCCCUGUGGAAAGAACUGAGAGUAAAUCUCUUUGAAGGUUUCUUCAUUGACAACACCACUGGGACAUUCCUGAAAAAAGUGAAAGACAAGAAAAUGAAGAGCAUCUA